CAAAAUUUUGAAGUGACACGAGCGGCUGUCCGUAACUUCAUUCCAUUUUAUACACACUUUUCCUCCGGAAGUAUUCGCACUUUCACACAUUUAUGAUUUACAUUUGAGCACACGACAAAAAAACACAAAAUCCGAUUGCAAUACCCGCACCCGGCAUGCUGAAUCCGAAGAGCAAGGCUCCCGGAGACGAUAGUUCCACGGUGGCUCGGCAGACGGAUAACCGUCGGGUGGAAGCAUCUGGAGCGCAGCACAUCGGCUGGAGCUUCGACAGACGGCCCGAUCUUCAGGUGUCGCAGGACCAAGUGGCCGCCUACCUCUCCGAGAUCCACCUGAGCCACAAACAGAUCACCAAGCGCUUCGUCGAGCUGCUCAACCUCUUCGAGGACUACACCAAGAUCCUGGAAACUGAGAGCGGCCACCAUGGCGUCAUUUCGUUUCAAAUGAAGCGCGUCCUGUCCGAGCAGUUGACCCGCAAGGAAGCCGUCGAUCAGAGUGAAGGGAAAACAUCCUCAUCGAGCCUGCUAUACCUCUCGGAAUGCACGAUCAAGGGGUCGGCGGACAACAGCCAGGCCGUGACCUGCGAGGUGAGCAGUCAGACCUCCUGGAGCGCCUUGGAGCAGAAGCAGGCGGAUGUUAAGGAACUGGAGGCCAAGCUGGCCCAGGCGGGCGUGGGCUGUGGCGGAGGCGAGGGCGAGUCUUUUCGGGUGGACAUCGACAAGCCGAGCAAGGUGCUGCAGCACACCAUCCACAUCGAGGUCGAGUCGGUGACAUCGGCCACGGAAAUGCAGAGGCCGCCGCUGCGCCAGAGGAUGUGGCAGGUGAUCGUCCAGACGGCGGACACGAUCAUGGCCUGCGCCUAUAUGAUUGGCGAGAACUUCACAUACGUGCUCUUCAUUGUCCUGUGCCUUUGGUGUCUUUAUCUGUUGAUGGGCCACUACUACAGCUUCCUGCAGACGAACGUUAACCAGCAGAUCGACAUGAAGCGCGACUUGGUGAAGGCCCACCCCAAGUAGAUAUUAGCAUUAUGAUUGGUUUAGUUUCACUCUUAAAUAAAUAACAAAGUAGUAGUAAUCAGAAAA